AGUUAGAGCUAGAGUGUUCUCCACUGAAAUCAUACGGCAGCCUGGCUGAGCAGAAGGAGGAGAGGACGAAGAGUCCCAGCAGCCUUGAGAACAUCUGGAGGAAGAGGAGGAUGAUGGGAGCCGAGAAGAGGCAGCUCGUCACUGAGAUGCAGAGAUGGAGGUCGUCGUCGCUGCUGAAGCUUCACUGGGCGUCUGUCUGAAGGAAGAUCAGACUUUGGUGGAACAGGCCUUGGAUCAGUUGUGGAGCUGCUCCAGAGUUCAUCUCCUGAUCCUGCGUUCAUUCGGUUUGACCGAGGUCAUGUCCCGCCUCGUCCUCUGUGUGUCCGUCAUCGUCACUCUGUGGUCGGCGUCGGUGCUCAGUCUGUCCGUGUUCUCGGACCCUCCGAAGGCUCACAUGCUGCUGCGCUCUCGCCGGGCCAACUCCUUCCUGGAGGAGCUGAAACCUGCUUCACUGGAGCGCGAAUGUGUGGAGGAGAAAUGUGACUUUGAAGAAGCCAGAGAGAUUUUCCAAACCCGGGAAGCCACACUGGAGUUCUGGACGGUGUACACAGAUGGAAACCAGUGUCACUCCAACUUGUGUGUUCACGGCUCCUGUGUGGAUCAGUACCAAGGCUACGCCUGCAGCUGUAACCACGGAUACGAGGGCAGAUACUGCGAUCAACCUCAAAUAGCCACUAACUGCUCCGAGGAUAACGGCGGCUGCGACCACGACUGUACGGAGAGCGAGGACGGCCUGACGAGGAGCUGCAGCUGUGUGAGCGGAUACAAACUGCACGACAACGGCAGGAAGUGUGAGCCCAACGGUCACUCGUCCUGCGGCCAGCUGCUGAUCGCCAGAUCAUCUUACACCAAACCGAUGGAAGGCCCGAUGCCCUGGACGGUGGGAGGGGAGGUGGGAAAGAAGGGGGAGAGUCCCUGGCAGGUGCUGCUACUGAACUCCAGAGGGAACUUUCACUGCGGAGGCGUCCUCAUCGCCGAGAGCUGGGUCCUGACCGCCGCUCACUGCCUCGAGGGCAGCCUGAGAUUCAGCGUACGACUCGGUGACUACGAGCGUAUCAGAGACGAGCAAACCGAGGUCACCCUGAGGGUCGUCGAGACCUUCAAACACCCAAACUACUACAACCGCAGGGCGGUGGUGGACAACGACAUCGCCCUGCUGCGCCUAGAGACCCCCGCCCCCUUCUCCAACUACAUCCUCCCCAUCUGUCUGCCGGGACACGAGAUGGCCAAGCGGGUGCUCCACCUCAACGGCACCCACACCGUGGUGACCGGCUGGGGCAAAGAAGACCCGACCAGCAACCGGUACAGCUCGGCACUCAACGUCAUCAAAAUCCCGCUGGUGGACCAUGACGUCUGCGCCCGCCAGAUGUCCAACAACGUCUCUAACAACUUCCUCUGCGCCGGGAUCCUCGGACAGAGUAUGGACGCCUGCGAGGGGGACAGCGGCGGACCCAUGGUCACUCUGUACCGAGACACCUGGUUCCUGCUUGGCCUGGUGUCCUGGGGCGAGGGCUGCGGCAGGGUGGACAAGCUGGGCAUCUACACCAAGGUGUCCAACUAUAACGAGUGGAUCAACAAAGUGCGUGAAGAAUGGGACAAAAGUCAUCAUCCAGCAGAACCCCGACAUGUCUGAACCACCUCGACCCAAAACAGUUGGUCCAGUCUUUCACUCACAUAGAUCCAGUCAGUCCAGUAGAGCUGUAAAACACUUUAUAAAUAAACUGAUUCAGUCUCAAGAC